AUGGUAAAGGGAGAGUUUUCGUUAAAUGGAGAGCCUCUAGAUAUAACACAGAAACUAAUCCACCGUUACUAUAACAAGGGCCUAUGGCCUACUCGGGAUGACAGCGAGUCGAGUUUGACCUCUGAAAGUGACGACAAACCCGACAGUCGUGAUCCUGCAAGCAAUGGCCCAAAUAUGGACGAGGCAGAAGGUGGCGCGCUGCGAAAGUUUGCAUCACUUUUGAAACGUAUGUUCAGUAGAGAUUACGAACGCAAUGUCCUCAUAGAAAAGCUAGCGCAAGAAAAACAGCACGCGACAUCUUACGAAGAAUGGCUAGCCGCCGCUCUACAGUUAGAUGAACUCACACGUACCAACGAAUGGAAGGCCCGCGACGAAACAACGCUCUAUGACUAUAAACUGAUUGAAACACACACCCAGAAUAUGCGGCGGGCCCGCCUAAACGGGGACUAUGCUGAGCUGCUGUAUCUCAUACGAACCACCUGGAUUAGAAAUUCGGGUAAUAUGGGUAAUGUCAAUUUAUAUCGACACUCUCACGUCGGCACGAAGUAUUUGAUUGAUGACUAUAUGCGCGAAUCGAAGCUGGCUUUGCAAGAAUUGGUCAGGCAUUCGGAUUUGGACGAAGAGUAUCUACUGGGAAUGUUAGUACAAACCCGCAAAAACAUUGGGCGGACAGCUCUAGUUCUCAGCGGGGGUGGGAGUUUUGGCCUCUUCCAUAUCGGGGUACUAGCAACUCUUUUUGAGCAGGAUUUAUUACCACGGGUGGUAAGCGGCAGUAGCGCGGGCGCUAUCGUUGCAAGCAUUUUAUGUUCUUGCCAUAAGGGAGAGAUCGUUGGCCUUGUAGAAACUGUGCUCGAGAAGGAACUCAAUAUUUUCCAGGACGAUUCGGAGAAAACCCAGGGCGAAAAUCUUCUCAUCAAGAUAUCUAGAUUUUUGAAGAGCGGGACGUGGUUUGAUAAUAAAAAUCUUGUCAAGACCAUGAUUGAUUUUCUGGGUGAUCUGACGUUUCGGGAAGCUUAUAAUAGGACAGGAAAGAUUCUGAACAUCACAGUGUCCCCAGCUUCUGUUUUUGAACAGCCCGGCCUUUUGAACAACCUAACAGCUCCAAACGUUUUAAUUUGGUCGGCAGUUUGUGCAUCUUGUUCUUUACCCGGUAUUUUUCCCUCUACACCACUCUACGAGAAAGAUGCCAAAACUGGAGAAACGAGGGAGUGGAACAGCAGCACGGUUAAAUUCGUCGACGGUUCUGUUGAUAACGACUUGCCGAUAUCCCGACUUUCGGAGAUGUUCAAUGUCGAUCAUAUCAUAGCAUGUCAGGUAAACCUUCACGUGUUUCCCUUUCUUAAGAUGUCAGUCUCAUGUGUAGGAGGGGAGAUUGAAGACGAGUUUAGUGCUCGCUUUCGUCAGAACUUAUCAUCGGUUUACAACUUCGUCUCCAACGAAAUAAUUCACGUCCUCGAACUGGUGACAGAAUUGGGGGUGGCCACAAAUGUUCUCACAAAGUUCAGGUCUAUUUUAUCUCAACAAUACUCGGGCGACAUCACCAUUUUGCCUGACAUGAACAUGCUUCUUCGUAUGAAUGAGCUGCUGGCGAACCCGUCGACCGAUUUCCUUCUGAGGGAAACGGUGAAUGGCGCUCGGGCAACUUGGCCCAAAAUAUCUAUUAUCAAAAAUCAUUGUGAACAAGAGUUUGAGCUCGACAAAGCGAUAUCAUUUUUGAAGGGAAAGAUCAUAUCAAAUCCGUCCUUCAGCACGAAAAACCCAUUUCAGUUUACGGAUUUGUCCAUAUCCUUGAUAAAUACUCCAGAAAUGCCUGCCAAUGAUGGCCACGCUCCCAAUGUUUUAGAUGAUACCAUUCUCAACCCUCAUGCAACUGAUAGAAUGCUAGUGAUCAACGAUAAUUCCAAAAGACCGCAUUCUUAUGGCAAGACUAGUAUUUCCAUUGCUGAGGCGAGCAAGAGUAUGUAUCAUCACCGGCGCAAGUCAGAUUCAUACACGAAGACCAAGAGCAAUUCAAGGUAUGGCUUGCCACAUCCAGGUGGCUCAGCUUCUCAUAUUUCAACAAAACUCCUUCCCACUUUAAUGGGAUAUAGUCCUAGAAUGGAUCGGAAAAAAAGCGUUGGACAACUUCAAUUUGGUCCAAGCGCAUCUUCAGGCUUGCCAGAAUAUCAGAGCAAGCUAGAAUCAACAAGGCAUAGUAACAGUUUUACAACUUUACAUGGUCAAAGGGGCAUGGGUAUGAAUUCGUCAGAUCGAACAAAUCCGCCAUCUCCACUUUCUGCUCCCAUCAACACGACAUUCGAAGAUAGUUCCAGGAAAGGCUCUGUCACUUCGCAUGAUUCACCACUGAAAGGUUACAAACGGGCCACAAAGUCCCACAAAAGUAGACCGCCAACGCUCAACCGCUCGAAUACUACCAAUACGCUGAAGACAAAGGCAUCUACAAAAAUAAAGAAUGGAGUUAAGCCUGAGCCUAAGGUUAACUCAUAUGUGGAAGACGACUCUUUAGACCCUGCUCAAGCUGAGGAGGAUGAGAAAGAUGAGAAAGAUGAGAAAGAAAGUAGUACUUAA